CCUUCUGAUUGGUUCCCUAUUCCGGCCAAUGGGCUCUGCGCAUCCAGUCCCUGCCCCCUUUCUCCUGUGUCAGUGGCGUUGUAGAACUCGGACAGUGUCGGCUGCAGAGACAGGAGAGUUGCUUGAGGAGCAGGAGGGAGAGGCUGCCUGUGUCCCAGUUAUCAGUGUCAGCCCCGUCCUCCCACGCACCGUAAGGCUCGUCUUUUUCCAAGGCCAGGCCCGAGGGAGUGCGGUUAUCAGAAUGUUGUCCAGACUGAGGGUCCUCACGCGUCCGUGCAUAGUGGGGGGUCGGGCUGUGCACACAAAAGACAAGGGUAAAGCACUUUUGUUAAACCCAAGGACAAAUAAGGGAAUGGCAUUUACCCUGCAAGAAAGGCAAAUCCUCGAUCUACAAGGCCUCCUGCCCCCCAAAAUAGAGUCUCAAGACAUCCAGGCUGCCCGAUUUCACCGGAACCUGAGCAGAAUUGAUGAUCCCCUGCAAAAGUACAUCUAUUUAAUGGGAAUUCAGGAGAGGAACGAGAAGCUGUUUUACAGAGUCCUGCUGGAUGAUAUCGAGCACCUCAUGCCCAUUGUCUACACCCCAACUGUAGGCCUGGCCUGCUCCCAGUAUGGUCAUAUAUUCAGGAGACCUAAGGGUCUGUACAUUUCCAUUUUAGACAGAGGACACAUACCAUCGAUAUUGGACCAUUGGCCAGAAACAGAUGUGAAGGCAGUUGUGGUCACAGAUGGUGAGAGGAUUCUGGGUCUCGGAGACCUUGGUGUUUAUGGAAUGGGUAUCCCAGUUGGGAAGCUGUGUUUAUACACUGCCUGUGCAGGAAUUCGGCCCCAGACGUGCCUUCCAGUGCUCAUCGAUGUCGGUACUGAUAACCCAAGUUUACUGAAGGAUCCAUUCUAUAUGGGGCUGUAUCAGAAGAGAGAUCGCACGCAGUUGUAUGAUGAACUGAUUGAUGAGUUUAUGGAUGCAGUUACAGACCGGUAUGGCCAGAACACACUAAUCCAGUUUGAAGAUUUUGGAAACCACAAUGCCUUCCGGUUCCUAAGGAAAUACAGAGAAAAAUACUGUACAUUCAAUGAUGACAUACAGGGCACCGCCUCAGUAGCCCUGGCCGGGAUGCUGGCCGCCCAAAAGGCCAUAAGGAAACCCAUUACAGAACACAGAAUUCUUUUCUUGGGAGCUGGAGAGGCUGCACUUGGCAUUGCCAAUCUGAUUGUUAUGUCAAUGAUGGAGCAUGGGAUUUCUUCUGAAGCAGCUCGGGAAAGGAUUUGGAUGUUUGACCAGUUCGGCCUGCUCAUUCAGGGCCGAGGAGAAGGGAUAGACGGCAACCAGGAGUUAUUCGCACAUUCUGCCCCGGAGAAGCCGGUCAGUAGCUUUCUUGAUGCUGUGAAGGUUCUGCAGCCAACUGCCAUUAUUGGGGUAUCAGGAGCAGGACGGCUGUUUACAGAAGACGUCAUCAGAGCAAUGGCUUCUAUCAAUGAAAGACCCAUCAUCUUUGCUCUGAGUAAUCCAACCUUGAAGGCAGAAUGCACAGCAGAGGAAGCCUACACUUGGACAGAGGGGCAGUGCCUAUUUGCUAGCGGAAGUCCAUUUGACACCGUCGUGUUCAGUGAUGGCCGAUCCUUUAAACCAGGGCAGGGGAAUAAUGCCUACAUAUUCCCAGGAGUUGCUCUGGCGGUUGUUCUGAGUGGAGUUCGACACAUAAGUGACCGGGUUUUUCUUGAAGCUGCUAAGGCGCUUGCUGAGCAAUUGACUGUUGAAGAGAUGGGACAAGGGAGACUGUAUCCGGCAUUGUCCAAUAUCAGAGAGGUGUCGAUAAACAUUGCUGUUAAGGUUAUGGAGUUUGUGUACAGAAACGGCAUGGCUUUCCAGUACCCAGAGCCGGUGGACAAGAAAGCGUAUAUCAGAUCUAAAGUCUGGAACACAGACUAUGAUUCCUUCCUACCGGAUCUCUAUGACUGGCCGGAAUAUGCAUCAAAGCCGCACAAAAUGUUCUAAUUCUACAAUCGCCUUUACUUUCUGUUUUGUGUUUGUGAUAAAGUGUAACAUAAUACCGGUAGGGGAUCAAUUAUCCAGAACUGUUGAGAACUGACUGCAAUUUUCAUAUAUCUUUAUGAAAAAUCAUCUUCUUUGAAUUGGGUCCUAAAAUGAUUUUGCUGUGGGGCCCAGACUGAAUGCUGGGAAAAUAUGAGGUCAUGCUGUAUUAUGGGGUGUCAUGCCUUAAAGGGGUGGUUCAUCUUUAAAUUAACUUCUAAUAUAUCAUAGAAUGCCAUUCUCCUAACAACUUUACAAUCAGUUUUCAUUGCUUAUUUUUUUAAUAGUUUUAGAAUGAUUAGCCUUUCUCUUUAGCUUCUUUACAGCUUUAAAAUGGGGGUCGCUGACCCAGCAGCCAAAAACCAUUGCUCUGUGAGGCUCUGAUAGCUGCUAAAAUACCAAAGGGAAAGCUGCUGAACAAAAGGCUAAAUAACCAUCAAAAAUGAAGACCAAUUGCAAAUUGUCUCAGCAUAUCAAUGUCUGCAUUAUAUUAAAAGCGAAUUUAAAGUGGAA